GGAAGAGAUGGUGGGUGCGUUGAUGCUGCGGCUCCUGUUGCUGGUAAGAAAAAAAACUGGUAAAAUGUUAGCCAGCUAAAUACAGCUAAUUUAUUCAUUGAUUCCGCGUCUCUCAAGAGGAGCGGAACUCUUCGAGCCCCUGAGGACUGUGGGUACCGAGGGCAGAAGCCAUGUCCGGCUCCUACGAUGACUCCAUGGUCGACGUCUCCAGUGACAGCUUCUGGGAGGUGGGGAACUACAAGCGGACAGUGAGGCGGGUGGACGAUGGCAGUCGCCUGUGUAACGACCUGAUGAACUGUCUCCAUGAGCGGGCGCGCAUCGAGAAGUCCUACGCACAGCAGCUCACAGAGUGGUCCAAACGCUGGAGACCGCUUAUAGAGAAGGGCCCUCAGUACGGGACCCUGGAGCGGGCAUGGGGUGCCCUGUGCACGGAGGCAGAGAAGGUGAGCGAGCUCCACAUGGAGGUGAAGGCGGUGCUGAUGGGGGAGGACUGUGAGAAGCUCAAGGUGUGGCAGAGGGACUACUACCACAAACAGAUGAUCGGAGGCUUCAAGGAGACCAAGGAGGCUGACGACGGCUUCCGCAAGGCCCAGAAACCAUGGGCCAAGAAACUGAAAGAGAUGGAGACGAUGAAGAAGGCGUACCACGGGGCCUGUAAGGAAGAGAAGCUGGCCACCAGUCGGGAGAACAACAGCAAGCUGGAGAACAACAGCAACCCUGAGGCCCAGAAGAAACUGCAGGACAAGGUGGAGAAGUGCCAGCAGGAGAUGGAGAAGACUAAGGAGCGCUAUGAGAAGUCUCUGGAGGAGCUGGACAAGGUGACUCCCCAGUACAUGGAGAACAUGGAGCAGGUGUUUGAACAAUGGCAGCAGUUUGAGGACAAACGCAUCACCUUCUUCAAAGCAAUUCUGCUGGAAGUCAAGCAUCACCUCGACCUCUCCACCAAUCACAAAUUCCAGACAGUCUACCACACAUUGGAGGACACUAUCUCUGCUGCUGACGCUGUGGAGGACCUCAAGUGGUUCCGCUCCAACCACGGUCCUGGCAUGCCCAUGAACUGGCCCCAGUUUGAGAAUGUGGACUGGUCCCGCUCCUCUAGGUCCAGAAGGUCCAUUGUAGACUGGUCCAUAGACUUGAACCGUACACUGAGUCGGCGAGAGACGAAGAAGAAGCCCUCCGAUGGAGUCACCCUGACGGGCAUCAGCCAAAUGGAAGAGCAGCAGGCAGCCAAGAGCAGCAGCAGCCUGACUGUGCCCACUAGCACAGAGCCGGUGGGUUCGAACCCCUUCGAGGAAGACGACGACGAGGAUCUCCAGGGGACCGUGAAGGAACAGCCCGCUGUCGUCAACAACAACCGCAGUCCGCUCAAUGUCAAAAAAGUGGAGGAAGUGAAAACCGCCAGCAGUGUGGAGAAGUCGCAAGAGUGGUCGGACGAGGAGACUGGGGUGAACCCCUUUUCCAUUGAGGAUGCCAACGGCGAUGGAAACCCGUUUGAGGUGGAGCCGGCGUCCUCGGGGGUGUCUGUGGCCGUGCGUGCCCUCUACGACUACGAAGGACAGGAGCAGGAUGAACUCAGCUUCAAAGCAGGCGAGGAGUUCACCAAGAUAGGAAACGAGGACGACCAGGGCUGGUGCAGAGGGCGCCUGAAAGACGGCGUGGUGGGCCUCUACCCCGCCAACUACGUAGAAGACAUCCAGUAAUGACUGAGCGAGGGACGAGGAGGAAAACGAGAGAGAGGAUGGGGUGAAGAGGCUAAAGAAAGUGGAGGAGAUGGGGUAGGAGGGUGGGCAGGCCUCGUAUUCGCCCCUCACCCUCUUCCCCCUACGUGGUAGAGGCUGGCUGCAGAGUGAGUGAGUGAGUGAGUGAGUGAGUGAGUGAGUGAAAGGGGUGGCAGAAGGAAGGGGUUUGCCCAUCGAAGAGGAUGAUGUUGUAGCCCUCUCUGUUGUAUCUUCCUGGAUCCCAUGUCGUUAAGCACAUCUUCCUACAACUACAGCCUGCCCUCAUUGUCAGCCUUUAUGAUGGGACACCCAGUACAGAGUCUAAAGCCAGCUGCAAAUGUUACUUAAAGCCAUUACUGUUACAGAAGAAAAUAUAUAAGAAAAUAUAUAAAAAGCUAUUUGAAACCUUCCAAUUGUAGCUUGAAGUUAUGAAGACGUUGAAAGAAUUAACCGAUUUUAAAAGAUCCGAACAGACAUGGGAGAGGAUAUACAUGUGUCCCAUUCACGAGGUCUAGCCCAUUCGAUUUGAAACUGAUUGGAGACCUAAAAGUAAUCUUAGUUUAAUCUUUUAAUUCAUUUUUGCGGUAGACAAUUGGUGAUACAUAUUUUUAAUUCUAUUGUAACACCAAUUUGUAGUCCAGGACCUGAUUUGGUAGUCUUAUGUUGAAAUAAGGGGAAUUCCUAAUUGCAUGUUAUUUCUUGCUCUGUUUUGAGCGUCCUUCACCCCAUCCUUUUGACAGUAAUCAAGGUUUAAUUUUUUUCCCACAUGAAAGCCAUUUGUCUGAAAUAUCAGAACCUACAACCCUGUUUUCUUAUUUGACUUUUCAAAUGUUUUAAGAAAAGGGCUUGGAAUUCAUGGCAGUGCCGGUUCAGAACAAUUGUCUUUCUUAUCUGAUGCUUAUAGUUCAGAUUUGUCUUGUUAUGCCUUUUUUUGUAUUUUAAAUCUGAUUUAUGUUUUACUCAGCGAAUAGUUGAUGAAUGAGAGAAACCGAGAUGAUGAAUUAUAUCCAGUUCUUCCACUGUCACCAACCAGCCUGGUCUCAGAGCAUUUCAUAUUAUUCUGUAAAUGCUCUGAUACCAUGUUGCGCCAACCCACAUUUUAACAAUAAGUGACGCACUCAGAAGUUCUCCUGUAACCUUUACCCCUCAACUUUAAUUGAUUGUAAAUUCUUUAAUUGUUAUAAUUGUAUCGGCUCACCUAUUGAUUGUACACGUUUUCUGGUCAUUCUAGUAUCAGGGACAUUCACCAGGGCACAUAGGGCUCUGGCCAAACGUAGUACACUAUAUAGGGCAUAGGGUGCCAUUUGUGACCGCCUCUAUUCACAAAAUUGACUUCACAUUCUGUUGGUAGAUUCUUACAUCGUGGAUGUUGUUUUGUCUUUCCACACUGAAUGUUUGGCAAUAAGGUGUGUCACUUGAAGCUAGGAGCUUUAGCUGUAGCUUGCACUGGAUGUCCAAUUCAAAGCUUUGGGAGAAUAUACUAUUAUUGUGCCAGUGAAAACAAUGUUGCACGUUCAGCAAUAAAAACCACAGCGUUUACUAUUUUUCACAAACUAGAGGGUCCGAUUUAAUAAAAGUAUGUUUGCAUGUAAAUAGCGAGGAACCUAUGAACAAAUUAAGCAGUUAUAGAUUCAGGAGUUGUGAUUUAAAUUUCUAUUUGGAAAUCAGACUGUUAAUGUAUGAGAUGCCUUAAGUGCUUUUGUUCUCUGUCAGAUGAAAUACUGUGAUUCGGAAACAAAUAAUUGUAUGUUUUAUGGCGAAUGUUUCGCGAGUUUGCUGUCUUGUUGCAUUUGUAAAUAUAAUGUCAAAUCUCCAGAGGGGCCAGAGCCUACUUAUGAUUAGUAAUUGACAAAUAACUGAGAUUAUAUUUCUCAUUUUCUUUUAAAAGUUCAUGAUUGACACACACACCCUUAACACCACCACAUGUGCAUUACCAGUAUUGGAAAACUAUAUCUGUUAUUUAGGACCUAUCCCAAUUCCCAGCUCUAGUAUAGGCUUCUCCUAUUGGGAGUUGACGUUUUGGCUCUUACAUUGUGAGUACAUUCUUUAGCAAACACUGUUUACGCAUGAUGCUCCUGGAAAUAUCCCCUACAUUUUAUGCCUACAACCGCAUAGCGAGAGAUCGGUUUGAUAUUAGUUUUCUGUCAGUUAUGCUGUGCGUUUCAGGUCAUGAGAUGUAUAUCAUUGGUUUCAGGUCAUGCCAUUAACAGAACACCGCAGCAGCUUUACUUGCACAACUCAGUUUGCCAAUGUUGUCCCACAGCAUACAUUAUAAAUGAAUUGAACGAAAA